AAAGCAGUCCAUUUCGCCGCUUCGUUUUCGUUUUCGGUUGUCUUUGGUGAGGCUCCCAGCAUGGCCGCGCGAUUUCUGUGGCGUGCUGGAGCUAAGCUAACAUUGGCUUCAACCGCUCUGGGUGGCGGAGUUGCGUCAGCGGCGAUCUUGACCUCCGACGACCCCGCGACGACGUUGAAGCUUUGCACUGCUGUUCCGACUCGUCUCUUCCGAAAUUCCUAUACUGCUGCUAUCAUCGCCUUCGAUUAUGAAUACUCCUUGUUGGGACUUCCCGAAGGAAGUGUUGAGAGGGAAAAAGUUAAACAUGAAGUUCAUGCUAGGUCUGCACGUAGGCUUCAGGAACUGUGCUUCAAGAAUGGAGGAAUCUAUAUCAAGCUUGGUCAACACCUUGGUCAGCUGGAGUAUUUAGUUCCUGAAGAAUAUGUCCAAACAAUGAGAACUUCAAUGUUGAAUAGAUGUCCAGUAUCUUCAUAUGAUCGAGUGUGCGAUGUCUUCAGGAAAGAGCUUGGAGGAAUGCCAGAUGAAAUUUUUGCAGAAUUUGAUCCUGUGCCUCUAGCGAGUGCAUCCCUUGCACAAGUUCAUUCUGCUCGCACUCAUGAUGGAAAGAAAGUUGCUGUUAAGGUGCAGCACACUCACAUGACAGAUACAGUAGCUGCAGAUCAGGCCACUGUGGAUCUGAUAGUGAGGACCCUCCAUAGGUUUUUUCCUUCAUUUGAUUAUAGGUGGUUGGUUGAUGAAAUACGUGAAACUUUACCGAAGGAAUUAGAUUUCUUGGUAGAAGCCAAGAACAGUGAGAAAUGUUUGGAUAACUUUAGGAAGUUAUCUCCUCAUCUUGCAGUCUCUGUGCAUGCCCCAAUGGUUUAUUGGAAUUUGAGUACCUCAAAGCUUUUGACUAUGGAAUAUAUAGAUGGUGCACAAAUAAGCGACGUGAAGGCAAUUCAAAGACUUGGAAUUCAACCAAAUGAAGUUGCAAAAUUAGUUAGCCAAGCUUUUGCAGAAAUGAUGUUCAGACAUGGAUUUGUGCAUUGUGAUCCACAUGCUGCCAACAUGCUGAUUCGCCCUUUACCAUCUAGCAAGAAGAGUAUUUUUGGCAAAAGAAAACCUCAGUUGGUGUUGCUUGACCAUGGCCUAUACAAGGAACUUGAUUUUUCUACUAGAAGUAACUAUGCUGCACUUUGGAAGGCACUAGUAUUUGCUGAUGCUAAAGCAAUAAAGGAGAAUAGUGUGAAACUGGGUGCUGGAGAGGAUCUGUAUGUACUUUUUGCUGGGAUUCUUACAAUGCGGCCAUGGAAUAGGGUCAUUGACACAGCUGCUGAUCAUUUGGUUCUACGAGGGAAUGAUAGUGACCGUUCAGAACUUCAGAUGUAUGCAUCUCAGUAUUUCCCUCAGAUUUCAGAGCUUCUAAGGAGACUGCCUCGUGUGAUUCUGUUAAUGCUGAAGACCAAUGACUGCUUAAGAGCAGCCAACCAUGCUCUGUUACAGGGAUCUUCUCUGGACUCGUUCUUGAUCAUUGGAAGAGUUUCAUCGGAGGCAGUUAUGGAGAUGAAGUUGUCACAAAACAAAUCCUUCUUGUCAGCGCUGAGCAUUUGGUUUGAGGAGCUGUUACUGGAAGCUCGACUCUUCGCUAUGCACAUGGCCAUGUGGCUUUUCCGGUUCAGGAAGGCCUUGUCUGGGUGAAACUGAGAAAGAUGCACAGACCUUUUGGUAGCCAAGUAGCCUACUGCCUAGAAACCCACCAGGUGACAAUGUUCAAGGCCUGUGAUGUCAACCCUUACAGUUGCGCCGACUUGCUGGACGACCUCUUAACAUGCCCAAUUUUUUUUAUUUGUUUUCUCACUUUUCAUAUUCUUUUGGCUUUGCAGUUCGAGAAUCUCUGCAUCUGCAUGCCAGGUUUGUGAUAUAAUUGAUAUCUUGAUAAAAUUCCUUUAUACGUGCAGUAACUGAUGCGUUUGAAAAUGUAUAAUAACAGAGCCAUGUCUUCUAAGAAAUAGGAAGAUAAAUAAGUUCAUGUAAUUUAUUUAUUUAUUUAUUUGGGUUGUACAGGAAAUUCAUGUUACUAUCUCCUGUGAACAUGCCUACAUGUAAAGCCCCAUUUGAUAGGGCAUAUAUAAUACAGAAUGCUAAUGCAAAUUAUUUGUAAUGAUUAUAAAUAUUCAUUUCUUGACUCAAAUUCUCAGAUUUAAUAAUUAACCUUCUCAGCAGACUUACUUGGAA